CAAAAGUAUGCAUUGGAUGUUGAAAUCAGGUCUAUGAUAAUACAGCGUGAAUUAGCCUUAUACGUUACAUUCAGGCAUGGUGGUUUUCGUAUGUACACAAUGUAAUGCUACUUUGAAAAAAAGUAAUGCUCGACUCCACUUACAGUCUUCGAGACCUUGUUCUGUGGUAUCAUGUGUAGACUGCCAUAAAGAUUUUGAUAAAUCGUCGGUAGACUCUCACUGUGUGUGUAUCUCUGAGAAAGAGAAGUAUGACAAAGCAAGGUUUAUGGAGUCAUCAAAGAACGACAAGUCACACAAGCAGGCGGAAUGGAUUGUGAAAAUCGAAGACCUAAUCAAAAACUGUAAAUCUACUAAACAUAAGAAGCUACUUGAAAACCUGCGAGGCGCUUCUAAUGUGCCAAAGAAGAAAAAGAAGUUCCAGAACUUCAUGAAGUCAAAGUAUCGCGGUAUACCCAGUCAAACCAUAGACGAAAUAUGGGGAUUGUUAGAGACGGUCAAACCUGUGUCUGGAUAUAAUGUUUCUUCAGUAUCACAGAAAAGAUCAACUGUGGAGAUACAAAAUGAAAAACCAAAGCCCAAGAAACAAAAGUUGGAUGUAAAUGGUUGUGCUUCCCAUAUAUCCUCCGAUCUCAUUAAAGAAAUUUUGGCACAGUUUGGCGACCAAACCUCCUUCAAAGUUUUGAGUAAAAAGAUGUACUGUAAAUAUAAAACUAGCAUACCUUCUACACAAGAAUGCAUGACAAAAAAGGAAUUCAAAGUUAAGCUGUCUGAUUUCAUUCAGAACUCAAAUAAUCUAACUUAUUCACCUACUGAUGGUAUGGUUAGAAUAGUUGACAAUGGUUUAUCCAUCAAAACAAAUUCACAUGGAACUUUGGAUUCAAAUUCUGAUUCGAAUAAGAUCACAGAAUCGCCUAUUGGUCAAGAUGACGAAGCACAUAAAUGUAAGAAAAUAAAGAAGAUAGCCCUGACAAUACUAAGGGAUAGUGGUGGACGCAUUCCAUUGAAAAAACUUGUUAAAAAGAUCCGUAAACAAAUUGUAAAUCAAGAUGAUCAAACUGUAGGUCAUCCAACCAAAGAUGAACUCAAAGAAAAAGUUGUGAAUAAAAUCAAUAAAAGUCAUUCUAUGAAACUCUCAGAUGAUGGUAAAUGGGUUGAAAUCUGUUCAUAAAAUAAUCUGUAUCAUUUGUUGUAUAGGGAAUAUUUUUGCUGAUUCCAGAUAUCUUUUACUCUUUAUAAAUAAUAAUAAUAAUAAUGGUGUGUAUGAUAAA